AUGGGCAACGGAUGUUCCAAAUGCUGCCAGUGCAAUGAGCACAAGCAACUCAACGGCGCACUCUCCUCGGCCUCGUCGGUCUACAGGAAAAGGAGCCGGGGUGAGAUUCCCAUUGAGAACUCCGACCGCUUCCGCAUCACGGCCACCAGCAAUGCCGUCCAACUGGCCGUGGAGCAUGUGCAGCGGGAGGACGCCGGCCACUACACGCUGUUCGCCCGGACGAAGAGCAAGGAUGUGGUGCGCAGGCACGUGGAGCUCAUCGUGGAGGACAGAUCCACGGGCGACGAUCCGCCGGUGUUCCUGCGCCGCCUGCCCGACCUAUCCGUGAAAGUGGGCACCCGGACACGCCUCCUAACCGAAAUACGCAGCUCAACAGAUCUUAAGCUCACCUGGUACAGAAAUGACCGAAGAGUCUGCGAGAACGACCGCAUCACUGAGGUCAAUGAGGGCACCUUCCACUACUUGGAGAUUAGUCCCGUGACGCUGGACGACGGCGGUCAGUGGAUGCUCAUGGCGGAGAACUUCGGCGGACGAAACUCCUGCCUGGGAAUGCUGAAUGUCUUGGUGCCGAAGGCCUACAAAACACCCGAGUUCGUGGAGGAACUGCGCGCAGUGCUCACGGAGCAGGGAACCGUCUCGCUGGAGUGCAAGGUGGUGGGUGUGCCCACGCCCCAUUUGCGCUGGUUCAAGGACUCCAAGGAGAUCAAGGCCGGCGACAUAUUCGCCCUGACCGCCAACGCCGAUGACCCCACCUCACUGGGCACGUACACCUGCGAGGCGCGCAACUGCAUGGGCGUCAACUACUCCAGCUCCAAGGUGCAUGUGGUGGGACGCGGAAGUCGCGAGGGAUCCCUCAAGCCGGCGGACAGCGUGGCAGGCAAUGCUCCGCCACCGAUAUUCACGAACGAACUGCGAGACAUGAGCCUGCUCAUUGGGGAGACCAUCAUUCUCGGCUGUCAAGUGGUGGUGCCGCCGUGGCCGAAGAGCGUCUGCUGGUACAAUGCGAGCGGCCGGGUGGAGACCGCCGAGCGGUACAAGCUGAUCGAGGACGGUCUGGGCGUCUACAUGAUCGAGGUGAAGCCAUCGGAGUCCUGCGAUGCCGGCGAAUGGAAAUGCGUGGUGACCAGCUUCGAUGGCAGUAUGGGCAUUUCAACGUGUUCCGUUGCCAUGGACAUACCCAGGAACUAUCGCAAGCCCAGGUUCAUGGAGAGUCUGCGCGCCGUGCUCACCGAGGAGGGACUGGUGUCCUUCGAGUGCAAGGUGGUGGGCUUUCCCACGCCCAUUCUCAAGUGGUUCAAGGAUGGCCACGAACUGAAGCCGGGCGAUGUCUACCAGCUGACGGGCACCAACUCAUUGGGCACCUACUGCUGCAUUGCGCGCAAUUGCAUGGGAGAGACCAGCAGCACUGCCGUCCUCACCGUGGAGGACAUUCAGAACCAACUGACCGACGAGGAGCGACUUGUCUUCACCCAACAAAGUCAGAACCAAGCGCCAAAGUUUCUAACUGGACUGAAAAGCACGGAUGCUAAGAUCAACGAACCCUUUCAGUUCAAGGUGGUGGUGAAGGCCACUCCGGAUCCAAUACUUUCCUGGUUCCGCGACGAGCUGCCCAUUGAUCCAAACGAAAGAUAUAACCAUUGUCGUGGUGAAAACGAAGACUGGCUGCUGGACAUUAAGGCCGUGGAGUUUGUGGACCAAGCGGAGUGGAAGUGCGUUGCCGUCAACGAUUUCGGCACCAGCAUCACCUCCUGUUUCCUGAAGCUGCAGAUACCGCGGCACUACAAGAAGCCCCGCUUCCUGGAAUGCCUGCGCGCUGUGCUCACUGAGGAGGGAGCCGUGAAUCUGGAGUGCAAGGUCAUCGGUGUUCCCCAGCCCGCCCUCAAGUGGUACAAGGAUGGGGUGGAGCUGAAACCGGGCGACAUUCACCGGAUUAUUUCUGGACAGGAUGGCACCUGCUGCCUGGGCACUUACACGUGCGAGGCUAAGAACUGCAUGGGUAUCGUUGCCAGUUCGGCAUCCCUUCUGGGCUUCGAGGAUGCCCAGAGAAGCCAGCAGCAGAAGAGCGAGCAGCUCCACGAGAAUGAGCUACAGAGGAAUUACUCCCUGUCCACCAUCCAGGAGGAGCGCACUUCUCAGCUGUACGAGACGCCAGUCGGUGACAUAACCAUCGAUGAAAAGGGCGACGUGUCCUUCUCCUUCGACGGCAAGGAGGUAUCGGUAUCACUCUACGAGACUCCCGAUCUUACGGAGGAGGAAGCCCUGAAGAUUGUGGAAAUGUAUGCCGAUCAAAUCUCGGAGCAUGUUACUGAGCACAACAUCGUCGAACUGCCACCUCUGCGCUUCGUCAAGGAGACCUCGCAAUCGGGAAAACUGCUGAUGGAAGCGGUGGUCAUUGACAUUUCACCAGAAUAUUUUACAGUCGAGGACGAUAUGCGAACUGAGGCUGAUAUGGAUGACAUUUCCAUAAACGAGAUCACGGUACACGGCUCUUCGGGAAGGGAAGGCCGUGUGGACAAGGAGACUGAGCAGUAUGUGCAGCAGUCCUUUGACAAAAUGGAGGAGGAACUGUCGCUAUCGGCUCCUAUACGAAAGCGAAAGAAGUCCAAGCCCACGGAAACAGAUGAGUUCUUCAGCUUAUCCAAAGCCUCGGCCUCUGGCAGUCAAGGUGAGGAGGAGACAUCCGAGCUGCAAACCUUUGCCAGUGCCCAGAUGUCCGCAUCCCAAAAGGCCGCCUCUGGUGCACAAGGUAGUCCGGAGAAGGACAAAGAUUCAGUGCCACCGCCAAAGCGUAAGAAGUCAAAAAAACCCACAGACACCGAUUCCUCCAAGACAACUGAGGAUGAUGCUCGCCUGCAGGAUAUUUCGGGUGCAGUGGGCGACGGACUGAUGGUAACACCAUCCUCCCAUGCAAGGGUUGUUACCGAUGAGCAUGAGAUUAAUAAAAAUCUGAUUGCCCUCGUUCCGCUCGCAAAGUUGCUGAAGGUUAUCGACAAUCAUUUGAGUGCCGUCGAGAAUGAGGUGAUGGAACAGUCCACCAUGAUGAUGACCCCGUCGGCAGCGGAUCAGAGCAUAGCCAUCAUCCGCAAUAUAAUCGAUCCUAUCAAGCAAAUCGAAUCGAAAUUAAGGGUAUACUCUGGUGAGACUCAAAUCGACGCCCUCAUCCAAUCGAUGGAUGAGGAUAUCCGCCAACUGCACUUGGGUCUGCAGGUCAUUGAAAAAUGCGUGGAGAUCGACGAGACUGGAGCCACGCUCAUCCAACGCACCAGUGUCUGCAUCAUUGACAGCGUGGCCGAGCAAAUGAAGAGAGCGCUGGAAGAGCUCAAAAUCGUUAGCAGGAAGUUCGAGUCGGAGUGUCUACGGGCCCAAAUCGAACUGACUGCCGAUGACAUCCAGCAGGGAUUAGAGAUCACGCAGGGCACAAUUAAGUCGCAGGCUCUUCUGCAGGAGGCGCAGGAACUGGAGGCAGCAAAGCAUUUUUCGGAAACGGUUGAAAAAAUGCAGGAAGUACCCGAUUCCAUGUCCUUUGCCACCAUUUCGGAGGCCAAUCUGCCCAGCGAAGCAAGCGCUCUAAAGGAGAUUUGCCAACCGGUGGCAAAGAUACAGGAAGCUCUGGAGCGCGUUGAAAUGGAGCUAUCGCUGGAGGAGUCCGAGGAGCAGAUCUACAAGAAGGUGCACCAGAAGGUGCUUGAGAGCAUUGUGGAGCCGAUUAAGCAGCUCCAAAGCACACUGCAGUCCAUUGAAGAUAAGACGGAGUCCCUUGCGGGAUCCGAGUCAAUUGAGCAGAAAAUAAACAUGGCCAUUCUGGACAUUGUUACGCCACCUCUUUUCGAGCUCAAAAAGGGCCUGGAAGUAAUCCUUAAUGAAAAUUCUGGUAGCGUGGAGGGAGGAAUGCGGACAGUUAGCACUGUGGAAUCAAUGGUGCCCCCCUUGCAAGAGAUUCAAAACGGCCUCGCGCAGCUGGGACAAGAACUGGAAAGUGGUCAGAACUCCGUGCCUCAGGAGGAACUGCGAUCAGAGCCAGUAUUGGGUGUGGCAGAUACCCAGAAACUUUUACAAUCAUUUGCCCAGGCGGUCUUGCAUUUUGAGACCAACAUCGAGAGGAUCUCUGCCCGACUCUCCCCUAACGUUAAGAUUCGCUUGCUGAACCUCAAGGAUGAACUGUCAGCUCUAAUAGGCUCCAUUUUGGAAAGGGAAAUUACCGGACAUCAUGUAGAAUUGCUGGACAGACUAAAGCGGCCCGUCGACGAGCUAAACUACUGCAUCCGUCAGACAGAGGUCAAGAAUAUGACCGGUUCCUUAGCCGACCUGAUUGAACCACUGAGUAUGUUGCAGGAGAACACCCAAAAAGGUCACCAACGUUUGCUGGUCGCUCGGGAUCCCGAUCAGCAGGCUCUUCAGACCCUGGACAAUAUACGCAGCCUCAUCCGCAACGUGGUCAUCGAUAUAGAAGAGCACGAGUUUAAGAUUCUGCAGCAGGAGAUUCAACAGGAUGAGGAGCAAGCGUCACAGCAGCAGGACAAAUCAUUCAGUGCCCUGCGGAAGGUGUUGGAGACCAAGGUGUCCCUGGAGGAAGCUGUUGCCAACAUAGAAACCCUGCAGGAGGCGUUAAAUAAAGUAAGCGAAAGUCCCAAGGCCUCCGAACGAGUAAAGACCUCCUCAAACGAAGCCCAAGUGUACCUUCUUCGCAUCCUGCAAAUUGCUAAAGGACUGGCGACAUUUAGCGAGGCAGAAACAACUCUCGACGUCAACGAGGCCAACACAACUAGAAUUCUCUUCGAGUGCGGCAAAAGUUUUGCUGACUUGGCUAAAGCCCUACACACUGCCGAAUCCUUGACUGAGAGUGAAUUCAUAAAUGCACUGAAUCAGUUUGGUGACAUUGUUGGCCAACAAAAGGAGUCAAUGGAUGAGAAACUUUCCAUAGCCAGUCCGCUCUCUAGUCUGAUUCAUGUGCUCCAAAAUUUGAAGCCCCCGAGAGCUUCAAUGGAGGACUUAUCCACCUUGGAUGAUGUGUCAGUGCUUAAGUCAGCCGCAGAGUCUUUGCCCACUGAUCCGGAUGCGGGGAAUCACAUCGGUCCUUUCGCAUUGUGA